AUGUCUGAUAUCGAAAUAAUUGAAAUCUCUGAACCACAAGGACUUGAAAGGAAAAGACGUCGAACUAGAUCUAAAAAUCCAAAAUAUAGACAAGAAAGAAAAUAUGAGUUCAAAACUGGUCGAAAACGAACAUCUUCGGGGCUUAUUGAGGAUAGUCAAACAAUGAAAGGAACUGAAACACAUUUCGAGGAUUUUGUGUUGGAUCGAACUGAAACGCCGCAGAGGAAAAUGCUGGAGGAGGACGUGGAUUUGGAAAUUAAAACUUUGUUAGUUGAUUUUUCUUAUACACAAAUAUUUGGGAGGAGGAGAAAGUCUCAAUCUAUUGUCAACGAUGGAAAAGGCGGGCUGGCGGGCAUGUUUUUCUCGGCCGGCCCGUGACGGCCCGGGCUUCUGCGACAUGCCUGAAUUGAGGUAGAUUUAAAAAUCGGAAAUUUGAAGUAACUUCAAAAAUACGAUUGCUCAUUUUAAUCCAAAAAAUCAACGUGAACUAAUAUUUAAAAAAUUAAUUUUUCAGAACACCCAGUGCUUGGAAUGAACGUCUACAAAACUCGUUGCUUGGAGAAUGUUCGACCAAUUCGGAACCACCCAAAAAAAGAUUCAGAAAAACUGUGAGCUCAUUUAUUUCUCUCUUUUUUAAAAUAUUCAUGCAUUGGGUAAAACGCAGAACAGGCCCCCACCCAUAUCAUUUUAUGCCCCCGAUUCGGACAUUUAUUUCUCUCUUUUUUAAAAUAUUCAUGCAUUGGGUAAAACGCAGAACAGGCCCCCACCCAUAUCAUUUUAUGCCCCCGAUUCGGACAUUUAUUUCUCUCUUUUUUAAAAUAUUCAUGCAUUUUCCAGACUUGUUAUAACUGCGAUGGAUCACAUAGAUUAGCAGAUUGUGACAAACGUCGGAAUUUUCGACGAAUUUCACAAAAACAACGAAAAGAAGCCGAUGAAAGGUGAGUAUUUGGAUACUAGAUACAAUUGAGAUUACUACAAUACAAUAUUGAUUUUUUUCAGAAGGCGAAGAAAAAUGAGCCAUGUAAUUGUAAGAUAUACGGAUGGGGAUACAGAUGAGAAUCAGAAAGAGAAAUGUUUCAAACCUGGCGAUAUAAGUGAUAAUUUACGAUUUGCAUUGGGUUAGAAUAAUUUGACUGAAAUUUAAUGCUAAAAAAAUUUCAGGAUUAAAUCAACACGACAUUCCUGAAUAUAUUUAUCGAAUGCGAAGAAUGGGAUUAUUCAAAGGAUAUCCUCCAGGUUAUAUCAAAAAAGCUAUCAUUAAUUCGGCGCCUUUAAAAUUCUUCGAAAUUUCGGAUAAAUUUGAGAAAGAGGCACCGCUUUUAGACGCAACAAAAAUUAUUUGUUAUAUGGGAUUCAAUGGAACAUAUGAGGAAUUGACGGAUGUAAGGUUUGAUUGAAAAAUAAAUUUUUUUUUGAAUCCUGGAAGAAUUUUUUGUAGCUAGAAGACUUCGAAACCCCAUCAAUUGAUGUGUUUUGUGAUCAAUAUCAAAAAGAACUUCAAAUCUUGCUCACAAAAAAGAUUAGAAAGGAGAGGAGGACCAUUAGAAGUAGGUGAAUGUUUGAAGAAAUUUCAAAAGUUUUAAGUUUUCAGAGCAAAACAAAUUACUUAGGGCAGCUGGGAAAUGUGUUUUGCCUGUGAAAAGAAGAAAAAAAGAAGCUGAAACUAAAAAUGAACAACUUGAUGAGAAAGAUGAGGAAUUUAGUAGGCUUGAAGAUGAGACUUUGAAUGAGGUUGGUUUUUUUAUGGCCUAGCAACAGAGAUUAUGGGUUUUUUUAAAUGUUCAAAUAUUGAUAAAUGAAACUCAAAUAAAUUCAAAAGGAUUAAGAAAAUGAUAUAUGUAAAACAAAUUGUAAUGCAUUUUCUGUCACAAAAAAUUAAUGUUGAACGUAAAUUAAAUUUAAGAAAACAUGUAAGAUAUAUGUGGCCGAAAUUUAUGUUCAACUUCGAUUUUUUUUGUGGAGUAAAUGCAUUUUGAGUUUCAUUCAUCAACAUUUGAAUAUUUUUAAAAGUGCUCAUAAUCUCCGUUGCCGGGCCAUUUAAAAAAAGUUCAUCCAAAAAAUAAAUUUCCAGGGUGAUUCGAUGUUUGUCUCAAUUGGAACUCCGGUUUUAGCCAAAGACUCUCUCAAUCUCCCAUCAAUUGAUGCAUUUGCUGUUGGAAUUCUACCGUUUGAAGCUAAGGAAGAGUGUACAGAUAAUAAAGGUUAGCCUAAAUAUUCGAAAAUAUUUAAAUAAAUAAAAAAAUUUCAGGUAUCUUCAAACGAUUGAUGAGUAAAUUGAAAUCGAAGUGA